AUGGUGCGGACGUCCGUGCAGCUGAGUGGGAGCAACACCGACAAUUAUCGUCUCACCUUCACCACCGCGGUACCGGCGGAGCAGGCCAACGGCAUCACCAUGUGCACCAACCUGGACCCCAGCAUCAGCGGCGCCAAGAUCACCGUCGUGUGGGAUGACCCGAAGCUCGCGCCGGUUGGCAACGGCAUGUGCAAGAGCCUGGCGCUCUAUUCCGCCUGGGGCUCCACGUGCCACAAGGAUUGUGGAGCUGCUGAGUGCGUUGUGAAGGACGGCCAGCAGCAGUGCCAGUGCCCCAAGGGCCUCGUGUUCAACGCAGCCAAGAAGCUCUGCCGCGCUGCUCCUCCUCGUAGGUGCCUUGCUGCUUAUUGCGUGCUUGCCCACAUGUAUGAAUCAGCCGGCAGGUUCUCUUGUUCGUGA